GCUCUGAAAUUUAUUUACUGCUUAUUGUCAUAUAAUUCUUGAAAUUAUGGUCCAAAUCUCUAAAAAACGUGUUCGUAGAAACACAAUUGUUUUAGAUAGUGGCUUAAAUUCGGUUAUAACUGCAUUACCGCCUCGUAAUACAGUAUCAACUACUAGCUCUCAAAAUGGUUUGAGUGCAGAUCUCACUCCUGUGAUACAGGUGAAAGAUGUUCUGUUAGAGAACUCUGAGUUCUGUAAACUAAACCUCCUUUUGAAAGAUAUGCAGAGGCAAGUAAGUGAAAUUCAGAAAAAAUUAGAUCAGUUUGAUAGUAUGUCACUGCCAAUCUCAAAUACCACGGAGAGCCGUUCUGAUAUUGGCCAGGUUAAGUGUUUACUGGAUGUAACUCAAAAUAAGCUUUUGAAUUUAGACCCAAUAGCCUGUCUUUUAGAAAGGCAUCCUAAAAUAUCUCCAGACAACCUAAAUAAAGCUGAAAAUCUGAUUGACUGCUUGGCUACGGAGGUGAUGAAGCGUAUAACCUCUUCUCACCAAGCUAUAGUUUACAACGUCCCAGAUUCUCUGCCCCUGAAAACUGUAAGACACAAAAUCCUGAUUUGUUGCGGCAUGGCUAGUGUUCCAUGUGAAUGCAAACGACUUCGUAAAAAGUCUAACCAGGCUAAUUGCCCAAUCAUUUUUAAAUUCAGUAAUUCCCUUGAUGCUAGUAAGUUUACUAAAUGUCAGGAU